AUGCCAGAGGGCCCUUCAGUGAGGAAGUUCCAGCUGCUGACCUCCCCUUUUGUGGGACAAGUGGUGGCCAAGGUGGGGGGAAGCAGCAGGAAGCUCAGUGUCAAUGACCUGAAUGCCCUGAGGCUCCAGGAUUCCCAGGUUCAUGGGAAGAACUUGUACCUGGCAUUUGUGGCAGCUGAAGGUCCCGUUGGGCCAACUGCAGAAGAGACGGCGCUGCAAAGAGAGGCUGCUUGUGGGGCACACUGUCCUGCUCAGGGCCAGCAGGGACAGGCUGCUGUUCCACAUCCCCAUUCCCAGGAUGAUGAGCUGCAGGAAGCCCAGAACUCAAGAUCUGAAGCCCCAGAGGCAGCAGAGGGUCGGGGCAAUUGGCUGCGCAUCCACUUUGGCAUGUUCGGCAGCGUCCGCGCAAACGAGUUCUCGAGGGCAAGCAGAGCCAACAAAAGGGGGGACUGGAAGGAUCCUGUGCCCAGGCUGGUUCUGCACUUUGAGAGCGGAGGCUUCCUUGUUUUCUACAACUGCCGGAUGCUCUGGUGCUCCUCUCCCAGGGCUGAUCCUGCUUCUGACAUCUUGUCUGUGGAAUUCCACCGAGGCCGGGCGCUGCGUGCCCUCCGUGCACCCAAUCCCGUCUGCUACACACUCCUAGACCAAAGAUAUUUUUCAGGGCUGGGGAACAUCAUCAAGAACGAGAUCCUGUACCUGGCCAGGAUCCACCCUUUAACACCAGGCUCCCUCUUGGCUCUCUCAGAUCUGGAGCAUCUCCUGGACUGCGCCCUUCAGUUCAGCUCUGAGUGGCUGCACAACAAACUGCGUGGCCAAGGGCUGCACCCCCAGGUGUACCAGAAGGAGCAGUGUCCCCUGGGACAUCCCCUGAUGAAGGGCACUUUUGGACCCUCGGAUGGCUUCAAGAGACUGACGUGGUGGUGCCCUCAGUGCCAGCCUGAGCUGCUGCCAGGGGAUGGGGACCCUUCCCCACGGCUCCGCUCCCCUCACGCUCAUACGAGGGGGUUCGGGGCCGCCGACUCCUUCCCGCUCCGCCUGUGCCGACACGCGCCUCAGCCAAUCAGCGCCCGCCGCCGGCCGUCACACCAGUCCCGACGCUUCCCUAUUGGCUGGCGCUGCCCUGGUGCGAGCGCGCCUUCGCCAAUCGGCGCCGUGCCCGCCCCACCGAGCGAUGUGCCGAGCGCUGUGAUUGGCUGCGGGGCGGGGCUGGAGCGGCCCCGCCCGUGCCCGGUUAAGCGGCGGGUGGGGGGGGCGGCGGGAGCGCGCGGUGGCGGCGGCGGGGUCUGA